GGUAACUCGCAGUAUAGUGAGAGCGGUUAACUAUAGCGGGUUUUUUAUAUACAAUUUAUUGAUAAUGUUUCGUGUGUCCGUCUGUCUGCUGGCGGUAGUCUCCUGUGGGGCCAGCGUUUUUGCUGGAGCACUACCGCCGUUCCUCAAGGCUUGUUCAGCAUCAGAUCCCAAUCUGAACCAAUGCAUAGAGAAGGUGAUAUCAGCUGGAGGUGGAAAGUUCGCGAAGGGCAUCCCGGAGCUCGGCAUAGCGUCCCUUGACCCUGUGCACCUGGGCAAGGUGGUGGUUGACAACCCAGCUUUGAGGCUCACCUUUGAUGAUACAGUUGUAACCGGUCUGGGCGAUUUUAGGGUUAAUUCUUAUAAAAUUGACACUGAAAAGGGAAAAGCUAUUCUGGACUUCACGGCUAAUGUAACUUUGAAAGCUAACUACGACAUGGACGGGCAAGUGCUUAUUUUGCCCAUCAGGGGCAAUGGACAGGCGAAAAUCAAGAUAACAAACCUGAACAUCGUCAUCAAAUACGACUACAAGACCAUAGAUGGCUACUGGAUGGUCACCGGCUACAAGGACAGCUACAAGAUGGACCGAGCACAGUUUAAAUUCACCAACCUCUUUGGUGGGAAUAAGGAAUUGGCAUCUACAAUCCAGAGAGUAAUAAACGAGAACUGGGAACCAGUGAUAAGAGACAUAGCCCCAGUAGCAUUUGAGACGAUCAUCGCUGCCUGUGUAAAUGAAGCCAAAAAACUAUUCGCUGCUGUUCCCGCCAAUGAACUUCUUUUGCCUUGAUCGUAAAAAAACAUAUAAAAAAAAAGAAUUAUUACUUUUCCGCGCAAAUUUAAAUUCGUUCGAUUUAUAAUCUGCGCUUUUAACCCAUAUAAUAUAAUUGCCGCCUUUUUCAUAAAAUGAUUUUAAUUUUUAAUAUUUAAAAGGGCGAGAGCUUAGAUUAAGGAUUGGUCGGUUAAUCUAAGGGCGA